CCAUCACGUUACGCGGCGACUCUCCUGGACCACGCCCUGUGUCGUACAAUCAGUUAAGCGCCCUCCUUGCUACCCCCGAGCCAGUGGACCUUUACGAAGUGGUGGGUACACCUAUGGAACAGCCGCAGGUCACGGCCGCAGAUCCUCAAUUCCCCGCCGACCUGCCGGAUCCCAUCCGGUCCUUGCUCACCCAUCAUGCGCCUGUCGUCCAAACUCCGGAUCAACAAUUCUAUAUCCGCAAACUCAUGGGGUAUAAGUUUCCGAUCGAAUACAAGACAGGGGCCUCUAACCGGGCCGCGGAUGCUUUAUCACGACGUGGAGAUGACGCCGAGGUUGCAGCCCUAUUCACGACCUAUGCACGGCCACUGCCCAAACUCUUGGAAGCCAUUGCUGCAGAGAACACAACCGAACAGGAACUCCUCCGGCUUCAUGAAGCCGUGGCUGCUGGAACAGCACACCCCGGGUUUACAGUCCGUUCCGGCAUCCUUUAUUAUCAACACCGACUGGUCCUGGCGUCAACCUCUUUCUUUCGUCACCAGCUGCUCACCGAGUACCACAGCUCCCCGAUGGCUGGGCACCAGGGUGUAGAACGCACAUUCCGCCGCCUCGUCACCACCUUCUAUUGGCCUGCCAUGCGUGCGGACGUACGCCGUUUUGUGGCAGCCUGUUUGGCGUGUCAGACUACCAAAUAUUCCACCCCAUUGUAUGGCCGCCUACCGCCUUCCCUCUUUCCGAUGAUCUCAACUCGCUCGCGUGUGGCUUCGGUGGAGGAGCUCUUACGUGACCGCGCCGAAUUGCUCACUGAUUUGAAGAAUCACUUGGCCACCAUGCGGCAGCGAAUGACCCAGCAGGCCAAUGCUCAUCGCCGGGAGGUUACUUAUGCUGUCGGCGAUUUGGUUCUUUUGAAGCUCCGGCCAUACCGUCAACACUCCAUCACCCGACCUCUCUCCACAAAGCUCUCUCGGCGGUUUUAUGGGCCUUUUCCCAUUCUUGAGCGGGUUGGUCCCGUAGCGUACCGUUUACAACUUCCGUUGGGCAGUCGUAUCCAUGAUGUAUUCCAUGUCUCCUUAUUGCGGCCCUUUAUGCAAACCGGCGACACUCUCCCGCCAGUCUCCCUACCGACUGAUUUUUAUAAGGGCCGCCCGAUUUCAGUUCCCAUUAAGGCGCUCGAUGCACGGGCCAUUCUGGUGGAUGGCCUCCCGCAGGACCAAUGGCUGAUUCGUUGGUCGGAUGGCGGCCCGGAAGACAGUACGUGGGAACCAGUUGUAGACAUCCGCCGCCAUUACCCUGAUCUUGGCCUUGAGGACAAGGCCGUUUCCGACCCCGGGGGGGUUGAUACGGGGGUUGUUUCUGACCAGACCACCCCAACAGACCACUCGGCUCCACGACGUGUUCGCCCGAAGCAGUCCGUUCAAGCCCCGAAACAAGCUGGAAGAAGAGUUAUAUCUGAAGAAGUUGGCCGGUCAAUCGUUGAACCAAAGGACCAGGUUUCCGAGCUCACCCUCCUCCUUGACUCCGCUAAGUCAGAGAUCAAUGACCGGGUUGAGAGGGAGAAGAAGCUGGAAGAAGAGCUGAUCGCUGAAAGGGACACGUUAAAGGAGGAAAGGGCCAAGUUGGUGGAGGCGGAGAGGAAGGUGGCAGAGCUGGAAGAUGCUUUGGCCCAAGCUGAAGAGACUGCCCGGUCAAAAGAGGAGGCCUUUCCUGAUGAUGCUGCGAUUUGGGCCGCCUGCCAUCACACUGAAGUCGCCCGGUCCAUUCUCACCAAUCCGGAGGACACCAUGGAUUUUUUCAAAGUCAUGUAUAAGGAACCGGAAGGAAAGAGAAUGAUAACAGACGUCGGGUCUUAUGGGUUCCAGUGUGGUCAAAAGGAAGAGAGGUCUCUUCUAUAUUCCAGACUCCAAAAGAGGGACCCCUCCUUUGACCCGGCCAAAAUGAAGCUCCCGGCCUUGUAUAAGGAAGAGCCAGCUCCCCCCUUUCCUCUAGAGUAGGUUAGGGUUUGAUUUGAAAAAAACUUUGAAUUUUCCCAAGGCCUAGGGGAUGUCCGGCCUACUUCUGACUUGUGUAAUAUUAUCUUUUGUUUGGCAUGGUUUUCAAUUUACCUGCUUGUUUCUUCUUUCAGUUUGCAUGGUUUGAUUCCUUUUUCUCGCUUGCUCAAUAUUU